GACAUUAUUGAAUUGACAGCUAAUUCCCGAGUGACAGUAGGUAUGAAAUGUUUUUUUCGUAAUUUAAUUGCUUCUUUUUUGUAAAUUUAACAUCUCGUUGUAGUUAUAAAAAACGCAAGCUUAAUAUUUAAUUAUUUCCUUGCACAAUUCAACAAUAAUGAUCCAACCGGACUAUCCUUCUGCAAUGGGGCUGCUAGCUCACUUAAAUUCGGAUGAACUUAAGGAAAUGCUCAAUGAUGAUACAAAGUUCGAUGCAGUAUUGAAAGAUUUUAAACAGAUAAAAGAUUGGGACACAGAAAAAGAGAUGAUUAUUGCUAGCAACCGAUCUCUGGCUGAGUUCAAUCUGAGUAAGGAACCGGAGCUCGAGGAGUUAAAGGCGCAGGUGCAGCAGAAGUCUGAGACAGGGGAACAACUAUGUGCCCGCAUCCAGGAGUUGCUCCAUGAAUACAAAACAAAAUCAGCUGGAAUUUCUCCAGACACAACUUUAGCCCUUCUUCAGACCUCUGCGGCAGAAUGUGAAGAACAAUCAGAGGACAUAGCGCAGGACUUUUUAUCUAAAAAGAUAGACAUGGAACAAUUUCUAACAGACUUUGAGCCAAUAAGGAAGAAAAUGCACUUGAAAAAAUUCAAAGCAGAGAAAAUGAAUGAACUGUUGAGAGCUGGAAAUCAAAGUUCCUAUGGCAAUGGCUUUGCAAAGCCUUAUGUACCAUACCCUAGUUAUGGACCACCUCAAAGUGCACAGAGUGUCCCCAGUGUGCCAUAUCCUACAGGGCCCUUCAACAUGCCUAUGCCAGGGAUGUUUCGUAACCAUUUCUGAGAUCAUUCUGGCAGUUGUAUGUUCAGAGGUUGUCUGACAUUAUAUUUGUAAGCCAAAAUAUGAUGUAUGUUUUGUUGUGUCAGUUAUGGUGAAUAAUGUGACACUUUAUGAUUAUGAAAAUAUGCUACAUAUAUAUGCAGUGUAAUAACAUGUAUAUUAUUUUGGAACAAAUAUGUUUUAGGAUAAUUAAAAAGGCCUUGUUUUACCAGAUAAAUUUAUCUUGAUAAAUAUUAUUAUGCUAUUGUAAACAGACCUUCAGUUUUCAUGAGACGUAGGCCUUAUGUGUCUAUGCCUUCUCUACACUAUAGGGGAAUUCAUAUGUCGACGUGAAUGUAUGUGUACAUUGCGUAAUUUUUUUAAUGCAAGAUAAAUUUAGCAAUUUAGGUUGAAACUGUUAAAAUUCAGUUUGAUGUUUGACAAUAGUUUGGAGCCAGUUUUAACAGUAAAAAAAUCAACAUUAUGUUA